AUGCAUUUGUUAACUGUUCCUGUUGGUGAAGCCAAGCCAGGUGAAACUGCACCAAGAAGAAAAGCUGCUCAAAAAGACGCAGCCCUCGAACGUCCCGCUGACUGUAAAGGGACCACCAUUCCUGAGUUUAUUGAAGAAUGUUUCAAGAGAAAUGGUAAUGGAGACGCCAUGGGUUGGAGAGACUUGAAGGAGGUUUACGUUGAAACCAAGCAAAUUACUAAAAACGUUGAUGGUGAAACCAAAAAAAUCUCCAAAGACUGGACUUAUUACGAAAUGGGACCUUAUCAAUACAUCAAGUACCCAGAUUUGUUGAAAUUGAUCAAAAACUACUCAAAAGGUUUGCUUGAAUUGGGAUUGAAACCAAACCAAACUUCAAAAGUCAUGAUUUAUGCUUCAACUUCACGCAAAUGGUUACAAACAAUGUUGGCUACAACUUUCCAGAAUAUUCCAAUUGCCACUGCUUAUGAUACUCUUGGUGAACUGGGUUUGAUCCAUUCCCUUGUUCAAACUGAAGCUGAGGCCAUUUUCACUGAUAACCCACUUUUGAAGUCAUUGGUUAACCCAUUGAAAGAGGCCAAGAAUGUGAAGUACAUUAUUCAUGCAGAAAAAAUUGACCCAAAUGAUACUAGAAAGAAAGGCGAACUUUACAAAGAAGCCAAGGAAGGUAAAGAGGCAUUAUUGAAAGUUAACCCCAAUUUGAAAUUCAUCAGUUAUGACGAAAUCAUUGAAUUGGGUGCACAAUCAAAACACGAUUUCCAUUUACCAAAAGCCCAAGACUUGGCUUGUAUCAUGUACACCUCGGGAUCAACUGGUCCACCAAAGGGUGUUUCCAUCAACCACGCCAACAUUCUCGCUGCCGUUGCUGGUAUUUCGACCAAUGCCGGUAGGGAUGUCAUUGGUCCUGGUGAUUCAGUUGUGGCGUUUUUGCCAUUGGCUCAUAUUUUCGAAAUGAUUGCCGAGUUUUGGACAUUGUGGUGUGGUGUCCCCAUUGGAUACGCCAAUGUCAAGACCUUGACGGAAACCUCGUGCAGAAACUGUCAACCCGAUUUGGCCGAGUUUAAGCCUACCAUUAUGGUUGGUGUUGCUGCCGUUUGGGAGUCGGUGCGGAAGGGAGUUUUGGCCAAAUUGGCUAAAGCACCAACGAUUUCACAAAAGUUGUUUUGGGCAGCUUACAAUUAUAAAGUCACCAUGAACAAAUUCCAUGCCCCACAAGCAGCUGCGGGAAUUUUCAAUAUCAUUUUCAAAAAAGUUAGGGAAGCCACGGGUGGACGUGUUCGGUACACCAUGAAUGGUGGAUCAGCAAUCUCCAUUGAUGCACAAACAUUUGUAUCCACUUUGAUUGCCCCCAUGUUGUUGGGUUACGGAUUGACUGAGACUUGUGCCAUGUGUAACUUGGUUGAACCAAAACAUUUCCAGUUGGGCACCUUGGGUUCCUUGGUUGGAUCAGUUACUGUGAAGUUGGUUGAUGUGGCUGAUGCUGGCUACUAUGCCAAGGACAACCAGGGUGAGAUUCUCAUCAAGGGAGGUCCCGUCGUCAAGGAGUACUACAAGAAUGAAAAGGAAACCAAGGAAGCCUUCACUGAGGACGGAUGGUUCAAGACUGGUGAUAUUGGAGAAUGGCAACUGGAUGGAGGAUUAAAGAUUAUUGACAGGAAAAAGAAUCUCGUCAAGACCUUGAAUGGUGAAUACAUUGCCUUGGAAAAAUUGGAAUCCGUGUACAGGUCCAACCCCUUGGUGUUGAACUUGUGUGUUUAUGCCGACCAGACUAAAGUCAAGCCCAUUGCCAUUGUUGUGCCACAGGAAAAUGUCUUGCAACAGUUGGGCUUGGACUCAAGCACCGCGUACGAUGAUCCGAAAGUGGUGUCGAAGGUUGUGUCGAGCUUGAAUGCCACUGGUAAGUCUCAAGGCUUGAAUGGUAUUGAGUUUUUGCAGAGCGUUGUGUUGGUGCAUGAUGAAUGGACUCCUGAGAAUGGGUUUGUGUCGUCGGCGCAAAAGUUGCAAAGAAAGAAGAUUUUGAAGACUUAUGAAUCCGAAGUCAAAAAGGCUUAUGGGGAUUCGUAA